GGGAGGCUGGCCUUGGGUCUGCCGCCCGCCACUCGGAGGCUAAUCCCAGGCACCGAGGCAGGGUUUUGGGGGGCGAUAGGGCUCCGGGAGGUUGCUUUUCUGGACUGCGUCUCCCAGCAUCCCCCGGUUUGCAUUAGAUCUCCCAGAAGGCCCCGUGCAGCGGCGAAGGGAUUGAUUUGCACCGAGGAGGAGGAGGAGGCUCCUUCCUCCUCUGGGAAAGGGGCGAAGGGAGAGGGAGGCCCAGGGGUUCCCGAAGCUCAGGGGCCAGCAGGGAGGCCCGGGGAAGGCCCCCUCGAGCUCCAUCCGGACUCCUGGCCCGGAGGAAGAGCCCAGAACGGGAAGGGCCCCCCAUGGCCAACCCACUCCUCUGCCGCAGCCCUGGCUCUCCUCCUAAGGCCGAGCUGGAAGCCCCCUUUUCCCCGUUGUCCGUCGCAUGCCCUCCUGCUGCUGCUGCUGCUGCCCUCCAGGCCCCGGCCUCCUUCCUCCCUCUCUCCGUGGCUGCCUUGUCUCCUCCUCUUCGCCUGCGGAGCCUGGCCCUAGUCGAGAGAGAGCCGCCUGGUUGGAGCCCCGCGGGAAGGCCGCCUCUCCCUGGGGGGACCCCUCCCCUCCUCCUCCUCCUCCUUCCCCCGGAGGAGCCAGCCAGGCAUGCGCACUCCGGCUCCGGAGGGGAGAGGAAGAGGAAGACUAGAGCGAGCGAGCCAGAGAACCAGGCAGAGCCCCUCGGCCGCCCUUCCUUCCGCCCAGGAGCCCCCCGCCCCCUUCUCGCUGCCUGCCUGGCUCCGCCAUGGAGGCCCUGGGGCCCCCUCCUCCUCCUCCGUCCUCCUGAGCCCGGGCCAUGGCCUCCUCCUGCUCCCCUUCUCCUCCUCCUCCUCCUUCUUCCCAGCCUCCUUGCCCGCCGCCGGCCUGGUACCACCGGGACCUGAGCCGGGCGGCGGCGGAGGAGCUGCUGGCCCGAUCGGGGCGCGACGGCAGCUUCCUGGUGCGCGACAGCGAGAGCGUCCCCGGCGCCUUCGCCCUCUGCCUCCUAUUCCAGAAGCAUGUCCACACUUACCGGAUCUUGCCGGACGAAGAGGAAUUUCUGGCCGUCCAGACCUCCCAAGGGGUCCCAGUCCGGCGGUUCAAGACCCUGAGUGACCUCAUUGCCUUGUACCUGCAACCCAACCAAGGCCUGGUCUGUACGCUGCUUUUCUCGGUGGAACGCGAGAAGGAGAAGGAGAACGCCGAGGACAGGGACUACUCAGAUGGGGAGGAUGAGAAGCCCCCGCUGCCCCCUCGCUCGGGGUCCACCAGUGUUUCUUUCAGCAGCUCCAUCCCCGGAGCCGCCAGCAACACCCCUGCGGUGCAGGACGGAGCCCUGGAAAGCAUCACCAAUGGGCUGAGCACCGUUUCCCAUGAAUACCUGAAAGGCAGCUACUCCCUGGACCUGGAGGCUGUCCGGGGGGGUGCCAGCAGCCUCCCCCACCUCAACAAGACCCUUGUCGCCUCCUGCAAGCGCCUCCACAGUGAGGUGGACAAAGUUUUGUCCGGCCUGGAGAUCCUGUCCAAAGUGUUUGACCAGCACAGCUCGCCUAUGGUCACCCGGAUCCUACAGCAGACGGCUGCUGGCCAGACGGGAGAGCAGGAGCUGGACAGCCUGGUCCUGAAGCUCUCCAUCCUGAAGGACCUACUCUCCAGCAUCGAGAAGAAGGCGCUGAAGGUCCUCCAGGAGAUGAGCUCCACAGCGCAACCGGGACUUGCCCAGCCGUCCUCCCGCAAAGCCAAGAGCAUCCCAGUCCAGGCCUUUGAGGUAACACUCCACCCGCCCCCGGGCGACCUGACCAAAAUUGGGAAAUCCCAGAAGUACACCUUGAGCGUGGAUGUGGAAGGCGGGAAGCUGGUGGUCUUGAAGAAGCAGAAGGACUCCCAGGAGGACUGGAACACCUUCACUCACGACAAGAUCCGCCAACUGAUCAAAUCCCAGCGGGUGCAAAAUAAAUUGGGGAUUGUCUUCGAGAAGGAGAAGGACAAGACCCAGCGGAAGGACUUCAUCUUUGUCAGUGCCAGGAAGCGGGAAGCCUUCUGCCAGCUCUUGCAGCUGAUGAAGAACCGACAUUCCAACCAGGACGAGCCGGACAUGAUUUCCGUCUUCAUCGGCACGUGGAACAUGGGCAGCGUCCCUCCUCCCAAGAACAUCACCUCCUGGUUCGCCUCCAAGGGCCUGGGCAAGACGCUGGACGAAAUGACCGUCACCAUUCCCCACGACAUCUACGUCUUUGGCACCCAGGAGAACUCCAUAGGGGACAAGGAGUGGGUGGACUUCAUGCGCGGGGUGCUCAAGGAGUUCACCGAGAUCGAGUACCGGCCGAUCGCCAUGCAGUCCCUGUGGAACAUUAAAAUCGCCGUCCUGGUGAAACUGGAGCAUGAGAACCGCAUCAGCCAUGUCAGCACCUCCAGCGUCAAGACGGGGAUCGCCAACACCUUGGGAAACAAAGGGGCAGUGGGUGUCUCCUUCAUGUUCAACGGCACGUCCUUUGGGUUUGUCAACUGCCACCUCACCUCCGGCAAUGAGAAGACAGCCAGGAGGAACCAGAACUACCUGGACAUCCUGCGCCUUCUCUCGCUGGGCGACAAGCAGCUGAGCUCCUUCGACAUCUCCCUCCGCUUCACACAUCUCUUCUGGUUCGGGGACCUCAAUUAUCGCCUCGACAUGGAUGUCCAGGAGAUUCUCAACUACAUCAACCGGAAGGAGUUUGAGCCCCUCUUGAAGGUGGACCAGCUCAACCUGGAGAAGGAGAAGCACAAGAUCUUCCUGAGAUUCAGUGAGGAGGAGAUCACCUUCCCCCCGACAUACCGCUAUGAGAGGGGCUCUCGGGACACUUAUGUCUGGCACAAGCAGAAACCCACCGGGGUGAGGACAAAUGUCCCCUCGUGGUGCGAUCGGAUCCUCUGGAAGUCAUAUCCAGAGACACACAUCAAUAGUAACUCCUACGGUUGCACAGAUGAUAUUGUGAGCAGCGACCACUCGCCUGUCUUUGCAGCCUUUGAAGUCGGGGUGACGUCCCAGUUUGUUUCCAAGAAAGGUCUCUCCAAGUCUUCUGACCAGGCCUACAUUGAGUUCGAGAGCGUGGAGGCCAUCGUGAAGACGGCCAGCAGGACCAAGUUCUUCAUUGAGUUCUAUUCCACUUGCCUGGAAGGACAGAGGGAAAAGGAGGCAUUUGAGGAACGCUCCCAGAGCAGCGACAACAUCAACUUCUUGAAGGUCCAGUGGUCAUCCAGGCAGCUGCCCACGCUCAAGCCCAUCCUCUCUGACAUUGAGUACCUGCAAGACCAGCACAUCCUCUUGACCGUCAAGUCUAUGGAUGGCUAUGAGUCCUACGGGGAGUGCGUCAUCGCCCUCAAAUCCAUGAUUGGGAGCACGGCCCAGCAGUUCCUGACUUACCUCUCCCACCGUGGCGAGGAGACGGGCAACAUCCGCGGGUCCAUGAAGGUCCGGGUGCCGGCGGAGCGGAUGGGGACCCGCGAGAGGCUCUACGAAUGGAUCAGCAUUGACAAGGACGAGACGGGCGCUGCAAAGGGGAAGCUGCCGCCCCCAGCCUCACGGACCAACCUGGAGCACCCCAAAUCUGUCGGGCGAAAACAUUCCCCCACCGAAGCUGUAGCUGCAGCAUCCAGUACGGCCGGAAAGCCCUUGGAGGAGCUGGAGAAGCCAGGAGCCGUGACCGCCAGCCGACCGCCUGCUCCGCACCGCGGGACCUCCAAAGACGAAGCCCCCCAGGGCAGGUCUAAGCCCGACUCUCUUGCUGCGGAGCCUGAGGGUCCUGCUAUGAAGAACAGCUUCAACAACCCAGCCUACUAUGUCCUGGAGGGGGUCCCCCACCAGUUGCUUGUGGCCACGGAGCCCCCCUUGGCAGGGACCACCAUGACCAAGCUUAUGGCCCCCAGGAACAAGGUCCAGAUCACGGUCCCCAUCCAGCCGGAGCAUCGUCGGCCCCAGCAGCCCCCGGCACCCCCUUCCCGGGCGGAGGAGAGUUCUGAGGAAGAGGAGUCGGGUGUCCUCAACCUGCCACCCCCCGACUUCCCCCCUCCGCCCUUGCCCAAAUCAGUGGACCUGGAGGCCACGGACAGUGCCUUCUACACCGCUGUGGGGGUCCGGGGAGAGGAGCCGGGGGCCAACAGGGCUCGCAGCACCGUGGCCUUCAGCGAGCCCCUGGAGUCCAAGGCCCCCAAGCUGCACCCCAGGCCAACUCCGUCCCUGGGGUCCGGGUUCAGCCAGCAAGGCCCCGGGGGGCUCCUGGAUGACCGCUCAUGCUCCGUGCUUCAGAUGGCCCGGACCCUCAGCGAGGUGGACUACUCUGGGGGCGGUGGAGGUGAGACUGCCAUGGGGAGGGAGCCGACUGGCCGGCCUCCAUCCCACCCAAUGGCCAAAGCAAGGCUGGACCUGCCCCACCGGUGCCUUCACCCCGACUACAGCCGCCCCAUGGCCUUCCCGCCCCACUCCAUCCAGGAGAGCAUCAAGGAGGACUCUGCAGAGGAGACCCUGGGGCAGGAUGGCCGCAGCAGCUCCAGACAGAGCGAGUCCAGCGUCGGGGAAUGGCUGCGGGCGCUUGGCAUGGAGAGGUACGAGGAGGGCCUGAUCCACAACGGCUGGGAUGACCUGGAGUUCCUCAGCGACAUCACAGAGGAGGACCUGGAGGAGGCUGGCGUGAUGGACCUGACCCACAAGCGCCUUCUCCUGGAGAACCUGAGGCUCAGGAAAUAGAUGGGGAGGUGGGCUUCCUGGCCUUAUCUUGGGCCUCUGUGCCCCCCACCCAGGCUGUGCCUUUCCACCCCAGAUUUAGGACCCCUUCCCCUCCCCACCCACCCACCCAAAUCCUACCAUGUUUGAUGGAGGGACCUUGUGGCUGUCAUGGCCGAACUAGGCACAUGCCAAAAGAUGGCACCAGGGUAGAGCUGCAUGUUCAGGAUGUCGCUGGAAGAGAGAGGUCAUAGAACCAUAGAGUUGGAAGGGACCAUUGGGUCCAAUCUCCUGCAUGUGAAAUGGAGGAAGACUUUGGGGUCAGUGGGUGGAUGUGCUUUUAUGCCCUCCUUGCUCCUGGGGGGAUUGGGACCCAAGCAGAUGGAGGGGAGACAGGAACAACCAGGGAGCAAACGUGGUCCAGGUGACUCCGGUGGCUUAAGCUGAGCCUUGAAGAAGAGCAUCCUUAGCGCCCAGGUGACGUGGGUCUUUCUCAGGUGGCCCAGGUGCACCGGUUACUUGGGGGUCUCCCAAGUCAAGCAUUUCAGAGGAGCAACCUCAACCCGCCCACCCCAAGCUGUUCCCCUUCUUCCUCUUCCUUCCCAUGCUUCUGGCUAAGUUAUUCUUAUUUAUUGCAACAAAAGAAGGACUCCUUGCUUUUCCUCUCCCCUUUUUUCUUUUUCUUUCUAGGAACCACAUAUUGUAACUCCCCUGCCCUUGAUGGCCCCUGAACCGAAUCUGGUUUCUUGGGUCGGAUUCCCCAAAGUGUCCAUCCCUCCCUGCCCCCUCCCUUCCUGGCUGUGCGGACACCCAAAUGGAAAGAGGGGGGCCCCGGACUGUGUUUUCCUCCUCCAGAUGCAUGUUUCUCUCCAGCGAGAAGUGAGCAAGCCCUCUCCAUGGUUUCAGUGGAAAUGUUUUGGUAGCCAUAGCUCUUCUCCCUGUUCAUAGGGGCCUGAACCAGCCUGAGAGGCCCUUGCCCAGGGACCAAAGCCCACUGCUGCAAAGGGGGCUGAUAGGAAUCAAGAGCUCUCUUUAGUUGGGAAGGGUCAACAUGAAGACCAUCAUCAUCACACUUUGGGUCAUGGUUGCAAUAACUGGGCCCUUCUGCUCCCACUGAAAAGACAGUCAUUGGAAAGGACCAUUUCUGUUCCUUAGAUGCUUUUGGAGGCAGCAGUGUUGCAUCGCAUGCAGAUGCAGGGGUUUCCAACACCUUGCAUGGCCUCCAAGAUUUGAUUUUCCUGUUACAUUUUUUGGAAGGAAAGGAGAAGGGUGGGUCCCAGGAACUUCAGGAACUUUGGUCUAGAUUCCCUUCCAAGAGGUGCCUUUGGUGCCGCCAGACUUUGACUAAAGCCAGAGAUGUCCAGGGCCAGGAAUGUCCCUCUGGGAGGGGAACAGGGGGAGGGGCGUUUGGCAUCCACAUCAAAGUGGCCACCAGGUCUUUCUUUUGGUGUCCAUCCCACGGCGUGAGAGUCCCACUCGUCCUCCUUGCCUCCUGGAAGGCUUUUCAACCAUCCUCAGAAACUCUCCAGGCCGGCCCCACAGUUUGGCAUCUGCUGCUUUCCCCCCUGAAGCAUCCAGCCUUAAACCCACUGACCCCACAGACACUUCCUUCCCCGAAACAUGGCCACCAGCCCCACAGACAGCUCUCCGAGGCUCAGCCUCUGGUUAGCUCCAGCGUCCAAAUGGAGCAAAGGGUGCAGGAAGCCCUCUCGGGGGGGGGGGGGGGGGAAGGGAAUUGGGGGGCCUUAGCUCUGGAGCAGGUCAGCAACCCUCCCCCCAGCCAUCCAGCGGCAUUUCUAGCUUGGCCCUCCCAGUGGCCUGGCAGACCCUCUGGCUGGUGGGCACAAGGGAUGGGCAAAUGUGGCCCUCCAGGUAUGGUUGGACUGCACCUCCCAGUAGCCUCCUUAACACAGGUGGGGAGUGCUGGGAGUUGCAAUCCAGUAGCAUCUGGAGGACCUUAUGAUUCCCAUUCUUUGACCCAUGCUUGCAGGAGGGCUUUGGCAGCAUCAGGGAAUGGACAAUACCCAUGAGCUGAGAAAAGAGCACUUCCAUCUUCAUGUUGGACUGCAAGCCCCAUCAUGCUCAGCCAGUGUGCUCAGAGGGAUGGUUUUGACACAUCUGGAGGGGGCCAGGGUUUGGGAAGGCCUGCUUUCUUUUGCUCGGAUGUCCUCUCUGUGUCUGGAAUGGAGUGGAUCCCAUCAAGUCCAUGAGGAUGGGGGCCUUGGUGGUGACUGCACAGCGGCACAUGGGGGCAAGUGGAAAUUGCAGGAGAGGUGCAGAGAACGCCAGGUGGACGAUUGUGCUUCCAACGUGCAACUCCUUGAACAAGGGCCACCUUGCACGCUCACACACUCACUCAAGGAGUUGCGCAUGGGAAGGACAAGCGUCCACCUGGUGCCCACUGCACCUCUCCUGCAAUGUCCAUUUGCCCCCAUUGGGUCCCCAGGGAGGGCUUGGGAGUCAUAGCACACCCCGACACCCACUUGACCAUUAAGCAGUGCUUGACCCUUGCCGAAAGAGCCUCCUGUCUCCUUCCCUUUGAGGGAUCCCCCAUGUUUGCAGGGCUUGAAAGUAGAGUUGAAAAUCCUCCUUGACCCACAAUGUCACCUGGACCCUCCUGAAGAAACCACGCUGGAUAAAGAGGCGGCUUAAAGCUUUAUGGUUCCAGGGGGUCUUUGCCCCUUGACCUUCCAGAUGACCCCCUUCCUGUGAUCUGUGCAAACCGAGGUGCCUUCAGAGAAGAUGGAUGCAUGCAAUCCCAGGCAGGACCCUGGAUUGUGGCCCUGGAAGGCCAGAAGCGAAGGAGAGCUAUGUGGCAAGUCCCCGGGCCUCCUCGCUCUUCCUUCCUUCCUCCCUCUCUGAGAAAUGGAUCCAUCACCCAGUGCCUUACUUUAUAAAACUAUGAGGGGCUGGAGGAAGGCAAGAGGAGCGGACAGAGGCCAGACCUGCAAGAGGUUGCAAGGGAUGCUCUUGCUGGAAGACCUCUUCUUGGGCCUCUCCAAACCUCAGCAAGGAGCCGUUCUUUGCAAUAGAAAUGAAGGAUGUUUCUCUGUUGUUCUGUUUUGUUUUCUUGCGAUUAUGCUUCAGGGUUGGGCCAUUCCUUCCCAGCCCACGAAGCCUGUUUUUUAUGAUUCCUCUCAUCCUUUCGUGGUUGUUAUUAUUAGCAUUUGGCAUGAGUUUAACCCUACUAAAUUCUUCUAUGCGCUACUUUAUACGUGUGUACGUGUGUGUGUGUUUUUUAAAAUAUAUGUUUAAUUUAAUUACUGUAUUUGAAACUCUUUUUAUGCUUAACUUCACACGAGCGGCUGCUGCUGCUGCUGCUGCGGGAGUUGCAAUGGUUUGUGUUCCUUCAUAUUUCAUGUCUUACUUAGUUUUCCUGCACCAGAAGAAGCAAUAAAAGGGCUUGUUUGCUUAA